AUGGUUGAGGAGGUCAUACCAGUUAAUCACCACACGGUCAUACCAGUUAAUCACUACACGGUCAUACCAGUUAAUCACUACACGGUCAUACCAGUUAAUCACUACACGGUCAUACCAGUUAAUCACUACACGGUCAUACCAGUUAAUCACUACACGGUCAUACCAGUUAAUCACUACACGGUCAUACCAGUUAAUCACUACACGGUCAUAGCAUUUAAUCACUACACGGUCAUACCAGUUAAUCACUACACGGUCAUACCAGUUAAUCACUACACGGUCAUACCAGUUAAUCACUACACGGUCAUACCAGUUAAUCACUACACGGUCAUACCAGUUAAUCACUACACGGUCAUACCAGUUAAUCACUACACGGUCAUACCAGUUAAUCACUACACGGUCAUACCAGUUAAUCACUACACGGUCAUACCUGUUAAUCACUACACGGUCAUACCAGUUAAUCACUACACGGUCAUACCAGUUAAUCACUACACGGUCAUACCAGUUAAUCACUACACGGUCAUAGCAUUUAAUCACUACACGGUCAUACCAGUUAAUCACUACACGGUCAUACCAGUUAAUCACUACACGGUCAUACCAGUUAAUCACUACACGGUCAUACCAGUUAAUCACUACACCGUCAUACCAGUUAAUCACUACACGGUCAUACCAGUUAAUCACUACACGGUCAUACCAGUUAAUCACUACACGGUCAUACCAGUUAAUCACUACACGGUCAUACCAGUUAAUCACUACACGGUCAUACCAGUUAAUCACUACACGGUCAUACCAGUUAAUCACUACACGGUCAUACCAGUUAAUCACUACACGGUCAUACCAGUUAAUCACUACACGGUCAUACCAGUUAAUCACUACACGUUCAUACAAGUUAAUCACUACACGGAUAUACCAGUUAAUCACUAG